ACCAGCCUAGCGACAUUUGAAAAUUCGAGUUGGCAACCCUGAAGAGCAUCCGAGAGGUCCAGUAGGGUACAUCAGAGAUUAUUGGUGGACCUUGGUACCGGUAGUGGUGGACCGGUGUUGGUAGUCUGCUGAAGGACGUCGUACUUACAGGAAGCACUAACAUGGCUCAGCUGUGCAGAACCUCUCACCUGUGUCGCCAAUUGCUGUCCCGUUCUACUCUAGCAAGACCAACUGGAGCCAGAACUGUGGGCACGACAGACAAGCGUGAUGGAGGGCCGUCAACAGGGCAUCAGGAAGAAGAGGCCAUCCCAUAUCGACCUACAACUACCCAGGCACCCAAGAUGACAGAUAUUGGGACCAGAACUAUUUUUAAUGAAGACCAUGACAUAAUGAGAACUUCUGUUCGGAAGUUCUUCAACGAGGAGGUGUUGCCAUACCAUGCACAAUGGGAAAAAGAUGGCAACAUAUCCCGUGAAUGCUGGCUGAAGGCAGGUGAACAAGGUCUUCUGGGAACAGAUACACCGGCUGAAGCUGGUGGGAUCGGCGGUGACUUCAAAGAUGCUGCAAUUAUCAUGGAAGAACAAUCAUAUGUGAACUGCUCUGGGCCGGGCUUUGCUCUGCACUCUCAGAUUGUUAUGCCAUAUAUUACACAUUAUGGUUCUCAGGAACAGAUUGACAAGUACAUCCCAGAUAUGACUGCAGGAAUAAAGAUUGGAGCUAUUGCCAUGACUGAGCCUGGUGCUGGCAGUGACCUGCAAGGUGUGCGCACAUCUGCUCAAAAAGAUGGUGAUGACUGGAUCCUCAAUGGUUCCAAAACCUUCAUCACAAAUGGAUAUAUGAGUGAUGUAGUUCUUGUUGUUGCUGUCACAAAUCCCAAAGCCAAGACCAGGGCUCAUGGCAUUUCUCUCUUCCUGGUUGAUGAAGGAAUGCCAGGGUUUAGAAAAGGCCGCAAGUUGGAAAAGAUGGGUCUGAAAGCUCAGGACACAGCUGAACUCUUCUUUGAGGAUGUACGUUUGCCAGCCUCUGCCUUGUUAGGAAAAGAAAACCAUGGAUUCUACUACCUUAUGAAUGAGUUGCCUCAGGAACGCCUCCUUAUCGGCAUCAUGUCCUGUGCUAACUGUGAAUGGCAACUGGAGGAGACCCGACAGUACCUGCGAUCGAGGAAAGCAUUUGGCAACACACUGUCAAACCUUCAGACAAUUCAACACAAACUGGCAGAGAUGAAGACAGAAAUAUGUAUCUCUCGUGCCUUCACCGAUCAGUGUAUUGACUUACACAACAUGGGCAAGCUUGAUGGUAGUAUGGCAUCAAUGUGUAAAUAUUGGAUGUCAGACAUGCAGAACCGUAUUGGUUCCCAGUGUGUGCAGCUCCAUGGAGGUUGGGGAUACAUGUGGGAAUACCCCAUAUGCAAGUCGUAUGUUGAUGCCAAGGUUCAGAGUAUCUAUGGUGGCUCUAAUGAGAUCAUGAAAGAACUUAUUGCUCGUCAAAUUGUUGGUGACGAAAGGGUUUAACUGCUGACCAAGGCGUAUAGUAUGCUGAAAUCUGAGCUGGCAGAUAGGUGUGGGGUGAUAAGGUUGCACAAUAUAUCUGUAACUUUGGAUGAAUUUUAAAUGUGAGUAUUGGCAAUCAAAUUAUUUUCUUGAAAUACUAAGGCACAAUUUUUAAAGUAAAGUUGAAGAUAAUCCUCCACUCAUAACACUUCUAACAGUUAUUCACUGUUACUGUUUAGAGUAUCAUUGCCACUUGUAAGGAAGUAACUAUUAUUUCCUUCUUGUAAUGUAGUUGGUCAUUGCAAGUAUGUUUCUCCAUCUUUCUUGGUAGUAACAACAGGAAUUUCUCUUGGUCCUGUGUAGAUAUAUAGUCUCUCCUCGACUUACGACGGGGUUCCGUCCUGACGACCAGGUUGUAAGUCAAAUUGGUCGUAAGUUGAAAAGGCAAAAAUAUUACAAAGAAAUUCUAAA